AUGGCUAUUACCAACAAUGUGAAGCAGUUAAUUUUUACGGGGCUCUUCCAAGAUCAAGAAGCACAGAGAGUUUCAUUUGUUGUUUUUCUUCCUGUGUACAUGGUCACAAUGUUGGGCAAUGGCCUCAUCAUCUUGACUGUCAACAUGAGCAAGAGUCUGAGCUCCCCCAUGUACUUCUUCCUCAGUCAUCUAUCCUUAGUAGAGAUCUGUUACUCCUCUACUAUUGUUCCUAAAUUUAUUUCUGGCUUGUUGACUGAGAAUAAAACCAUCUCAUUGGAUGGCUGCAUGACCCAGAUCUUCUUUUUCCACUUCUUUGGAGUUGCUGAGAUCCUCCUUCUCACAGUGAUGGCCUAUGACUGGUAUGUGGCCAUCUGCAAACCCCUGCAUUACAUGACCAUCAUGAGCCGUCCUGUGUGCCAUGUGCUGGCGUUUAGUUCCUGGAUAGGGGGUAUGUUUCAUUCUGUAGUUCAGAUUCUCAUCACUGUCCAAUUGCCCUUCUGUGGUCUUCAUGUGAUUGAUCACUAUUUCUGUGACCUCCAUCCCUUGUUCAAGGUUGCCUGUACUGAUACUUGA